GUGUGCGCCUGCUACUCUGCCAUCGUGAGAGGAAACCAUGCCGAAGUCAAGGAGGGACAAGAAAAUUUCGUUAACGAAAACAGCCAAGAAGGGACUGAAGUUAAAACAGAAAUUAAUCGAGGAGUUACGGAAAUGUGUGGACAAUUACAGAAACUUGUUCAUAUUCUCUGUGGCCAAUAUGAGGAAUAACAAACUGAAAGACGUCAGGACAGCAUGGAAACACAGCAGAUUCUUCUUCGGCAAAAAUAAAGUCAUGAUGGUUGCCUUGGGUAAAGGAGAAACAGACGAAUACAGAGAUAAUUUGCACAAGGUCAGCAAGUAUCUUCGAGGAGAUGUGGGAGUACUAUUCACAAACAAAACAAAAGAUGAAGUACAAGAGUAUUUCAGUCAUUUUAAAGAGGUGGAUUAUGCACGGGCAGGCAACCAGGCACAGAUGGACAUAACUCUGGAUGAGGGACCCCUGGAACAGUUUCCUCACUCAAUGGAGCCCCAGUUGAGGCAAUUAGGACUUCCCACUGCUCUCAAGAAAGGUGUGGUGACACUGCUGAAGGACCAUGAAGUCUGUAAGGAGGGAGACGUGCUGACUCCUGAGCAGGCCCGUAUUCUGAAACUCUUUGGCAUUGAGAUGGCAGAAUUCAAGGUGCAGAUCAAAUGUAUGUGGAACUCAGAAACAGGCGAGUUUGAGAACUGUGCCGGUGAGGAAGAGUCUAUGCAGGAUAAUGAAGAAGAUGAAGAUGAUGACGAUGAUGAUGCAGAAUGAGACAUCUGCAAGGGCAGGAGCUCGUACACAUUGUUUUUAAAGGUCAUUUUUGCCAACGUCGACAGCAGAGGGACAUUGAUGUUGAAACCAUUCAUCCUGACUGCCUGUGCUGCCCUUGGAGUCUGUAAUCUCUUUCCUAUGUCCUUUUUUCAGCCCAAAACAUGAACUUCUAUCCUUGACCUUGAAUUUUAGCUUUGGACUGAAUUGUUGUUCAGUAAACACUGGUGACUCGAGUCAGAAGACUAAAUGAUCUUACAUGUAAUCAUGUUGAUGCCACUUGUUUUGUCAAAAGUAUUUUGCCAUUGAGCAAAAACAAAUUUAAUCUUGUGUAAAACAAACCUUUUUGAUGUGUAAGGACAAAAAAUUUUUGAUUUGGUAACAUGAUUUUGUUUUAAUAUAACAGUUUAAGGCAGACUUUUCCCUGAAAAAUUAUUUUCAUAUUUUUUACAUUUAUACAUUAAUGAUUAAUUGCUUCGACACAUUAAUACAUAUUGGUCUCAAACUGAUCCAUGCAUUUGAGGAAAAAAUGUGUGAUUUGAAGAAAAGGAUGUAAAGUAAGGGAAAACUGAUUUAGUCAUCCAUUUUCUGUAGAAACCUAGACAAUAUUUGAUUAGAACGGUAUGGAGAUUUUGGCUCUUCAGCGGAAGUAGUUUGGACACUCGUGGGCUACGAGAUUCCAGGCCUCGUUGAAGGCAGCGACCACUCUCUCAUCCAGAGGACCCUCCUCUGCCGCAGCAAGGUUUUGUUGAAGUUGCUCCAUACUUGACAUGCCAAUGAUGACUCCAUCACCAAGUUCACCCUGAACAGCAGUGGUCAAAGAGAAAAAUGAUGCUGUCAAACCAGAACAUGGUUUUAAUGAAGAUGUGCUGAAUUUCUAGUAGGUACAUGGUAUAAUAUUAUCCAGCUACUACAAGCACCAAUACAGCUUUUGACUCUGUAGUGUUGAGGUUAAAUAUACAACUGAGAAGGCUCUUCCAGAUGGUAAAAGAGCUAGAAUCUUUGGUAUUUAGUGAAGCCUAAUUCUCAGUAUGUGCAGUAUCAUAAAAUUUCUGUAUCUAACUUCUCUAAAGACUAAAUGACAACAUUUCAAAUUAGUUGAAGGGCACUUUUAAGUUGCAUCGUGCCAGGUUUUUGGGGUUUGUGAUGGGCUUCUUGAAAUUCUGUUUCACUUCAUUAAUCUGAAUAGGAUGUCAGAGCAGAACCAAAAUAUAAAACAUUGAGGAGUAAGAUGACAUUUUCAAAUCUCAUUUUGUAUAUUCUCUCCAUGAUAAUGAACAGUAACUCAUGCCAACUGUAGCUAUCCAUGCACAGCAGAGGCAGUCUUUGUCAUGUUAGAACUGCAAAUUAAGAUGGAUUUUAUUGGGGUUAUGUAUACUAGACCAAGAUGAAGUAGUCCACAAUUUUGAGGUGGGGAUGAAUAUUACAUGGUUUUCAAAAUAAACUAAAAAUCUGAAAAGUAUUGAGUGCGUAGCAUUCACCCCUUUUGCUGUAAAACCCCUAACUAAGAUCAGGUGCAACCAGCUGCCUUCAGAAAUCACGUAAUUCGUUAAAUAGAGUCAGCCUGCAUGCAAUUUAAUCUCAGUAUAAAUACACCUGUGAAGGCCUCAGAGUUUGUUAGGCACAAUACCAAACAAACAACAUCAUGAAAACCAAGGAGCUCACAAACAGGUCAGGGAUAACAUAACAUUGUGGC